AUGGCAUUUGUUGCUGCUUAUAUUGUACCUGUUCGUGUUCCUGGUCCGAUGAAUCAUCCAAUAAAAUAUAAAAUUGUUACAGGUGUUUUUGCUUUCUUAUAUGAUUUUAGUCGAUUUUUAGAAUCAAUCAUCGGUAUUCCUUAUUAUACACUAAUCAAUACUAUGGUUGAUUCAUUUGAUCGAAUCAAAGUACGUACUUUCGAUCGUGGUCAAGUAUUGUAUCAUGAUCAAUAUAUAGACAAUGUUCUUGUUCGAAUGUAUACACCAACCAAUGUGUCAAAAGCAGCAUUAUCUCCAGUGAUUAUAUUUUUUCAUGGCGGAGGAUUCUUUUUUGGUAGUAUUUAUUCUCAUGAUACGAUGAAUUAUCAUAUGUCGAUGCAUACAAAUGCAAAAGUUAUUUCAGUCAAUUAUCGAUUAACACCAAGUGUAUAUCAUCCAAUACCAACUGAAGAUAGUAUUAAAGUCGUACGAUAUGUUAUGGAUAAUUACCGAGAAUUUUCUAUUGAUCCUAAACAAGUUUUUCUCUCUGGUGAUUCAGCAGGUGGCAAUAUAGCAGUUGUAGUCGAACGAAAACUCCGUCGUGAACAAAAGCCACUUAUUCGUGGUGUUCUUCUUCUUUAUCCAUUACUUCAAUUGGUUAAUUUUCGUUCACCAUCUUAUGUAAGAUAUUUACCUUAUCAAAUUCUAUCGCUUCUUCGCGAAGAUAUCCUUACACAAGUAACGAAUUUCUAUGUGAAUGCAUCAUUUAUUGAAAAUGAACUUUUUAAUAAUCAACAUUUAUCAUCCGAAGAUUAUAAUAAGUUUCAUUCGAAGCUCAAUUUACAAAUUUCAGAUGAACAUCAGAUCAUUGGAGAAUCUCAUCCAGACACUUGGAAAUUAUUUGAUCAUAAUAUCUCACCUUUAUUAGCAGACGAUGAUAUUUUACAUAAUACUCCACCAACAUUUAUUUGUGCUUGUACAUACGAUGUUUUUUUAUCGGAUUCUCAACUGUAUUUUCAACGUUUACAAAAGCUUGAUGUAAAAGACGUCACAUAUAAAGAAUAUCGUAUAUUUCAUGGUGCGAUGACAUUUCUUGAUUUUCCGGUUGUUUUCAAUGAAGCAUUUGAUAUUGUUUAUGAUAGUGCACAAUUCAUCAUAAAUAGAACUACUUUCAUUAUAUGA